CUGAAAAGGUUUAGUCGGGACUUAAGCAUGAAGAUAGUCGCAGUUGUAAUUACAUUAUUUUUUCUUACUCUGGGAGAUGGACAAUCAAGUGUAUCAUUUCUGGAACCGAAAUGCGCCAUUUCCAAUUCCAAUUCCGCAUCGUUCAUUCCGAAUGGUCAGGUGGCAAACAUGUUAGCAAACCCAUGGAUGGUCCUGAUACGACACAACUCGUACUGUGGCGGCUCACUCAUCACAAAUAAUUUUGUGCUUACUGCUGCACAUUGCAGAUCUAAUUCACCUACGGUUGCUUUCCUAGGAGAGUUUGACACAGCAACCUUAUUUGAUUGUUCUGCAACAGGUUGCAAGCCCAGUGCCUAUGGAGUCCAUGUUCAUGCUCAAAUAAGUCACCCAAGUUACUCGAGCUUUGGGCAUCAGAACGACAUAGCUCUGUUUCGACUGGCUAGGUCGGUGCAAUAUACAGACUACGUAAGACCCAUUUGUCUGCUGACCAACGUCGAUCUCUUGCCGCAAAUCAGGACAUUCACUGCCACAGGAUGGGGUAAAACAGCAUACAGUUUAGAGAGCAACAAACUAUUGGCCGCCACCUUAAUGCAUGUGGAUCGAUCAUUUUGCUCCAUUUACGGAAGUAUGGAUUCAUCUAAGAUCUGUGCCAAAGGAUUCUUUUCGAAUACUUGUUAUGGGGAUUCUGGUGGUCCACUAAUGGCCACGGUGAAUAUAAACGGUGUAAAUCAAGUCAUUCAGGCUGGAGUUACCAGCUAUGGACAUCGAGAAUGCGGACAAUUGUCGGUAUUUACGAAUGUUGCGCACCAUAUAAACUGGAUAGCUUAUGUCGUACAACAAGAUAUUCAGAGGUCAACUUACAAUUUCUACCCCAAUUGGUAUCCGUACACAUACGGAUGAAUUGC